GGUCGGCUCGGCAGACUCUCGACGUUGAUUCAUUCCUCGUUGAGCACGCGUUCGGUGCGGACCACUUUCCUACGAUUACUGGGGGGACACCUCCGGGGGUCAGUUAGUCAUAACCGGUCGAGCUUGGGGAAUCCGUUGGUGACGACACGCGAGUUUCCGACAUUAAAGUGCAACUAGUCGUACGAUAUAGCGGAACUUGAGGAAGAAUCGCGUGUUUCGAGUGAAAAAGUGUAGUCGGUGCGAGGAAGAGUGCGUGUGCACAGGCGCGUCGCGUGGCCACUCGGAAAUCGAUAAAAUCAUCCCGGCAAAGAUGGGUUACGACGAAGUGUUGGAGCAUCUGGGUGGGUUCGGCCGGUACCAGAAGAAGAUCUACGUGCUGUUGUGUUUGCCGGCGAUUAGCUGUGCGUUCCACAAGUUGGCCGGCGUGUUUUUGCUGGCCACGCCGGACUACCGGUGCCGGUUGCCCUUUGAGAUUGGGAACAAUGUGACGUACGAGUUGCCGCCGGAUGUGCUGGCGAUGGCCUACCCGAUGGAUUCGUUGUCGAAGAAGUACUCGACCUGCAGCUAUCUGGACGCGAACUAUACCGAGACGUACUUCAACGGGGGGACGCCGGCCAAGGAGGUGGUGAAUUGUGAUCGGUGGAUAUACGACCGGUCCCGGUACGAGAGUAGCACCGUAACGGAUUGGGACAUGGUGUGCGACCGGAACUGGCUGCGAGCAUCGGCGGAUUCGCUGUUCAUGGUCGGAGUGAUGCUCGGGAGUAUCAUCUUUGGGUACCUCUCGGACAAGUACGGCCGCAAACCGAUCUUCUUCGCAUCGCUGGUCACGCAGGUCAUCUUUGGAGUGUUGGCCGGACUUGCGCCGGAGUUCUUCACGUACACGAUCGCUCGUAUUCUGGUUGGAGCCACCACUUCCGGGGUGUUUCUCGUGGCGUACGUCAUUGCGAUGGAAAUGGUCGGACCGAAGGAUCGUCUGUACGCUGGAGUCGUGUGUAUGAUGUUCUUCUCGGUUGAUACCUUCUUCUUGGCGCAGCGAUUCUGUUGCUCCACGGUUGGCGCUGGCUCAUCUUAG